AUGGCAGGGAGUCGUGUAGAAUGGAACAAAGAUACUGCCGUGCAUUCUCGAGCUCCAGAGCACCUCAAUAGCAGUGGCCUUCGCAUCGGUCAUUCUUCCGGAAAGGGCAGAGGCGUGUACGCUGCUCGGACCCUCGAGCCCCGCACGGUCGUCGAGAUCAGUCCCGUGCUCCUCUUCUCCAAAGCGGAGUACGAAGAGCAUGGCCGCCACACCCUGUUGGACCACUACACAUUUAGGUGGAGAGAUGGUCGCAUGGCUCUAGCCCUUGGAUUAGGAUCACUCUUCAAUCACUCGCAACAGCCCAACGUAUCGUAUACACUGGACACUGAAACAGAAUCCAUACGAUACAUGACUACUCGUCGGAUACAAGAAGGCGACGAACUCUGUAUAUUCUACGGGCACAAACUGUGGUUCGAUGCAGUGGAUGCAGCACCGACCGAACCGCCGGCCGAAGACCCUGAUGACGGGUGGGGAGGACUCGCCGGCAUCGAGCAUGACCAAACCGAAAUAUCACCACUGGACAGACAAAUUCUGCAGUACGCUGAUGGCAACCCGCAAAGUGUCAUCGCGGAAGACGAGCUGCCAUUCACACGUAUCAAGCUAGUGCGCGAUGACGAAGAAGAUGAGCUCAGUGCCGUCAUUACGCAGCCGGCAUGGGUUGCCGAUGUACCAGAUGCUCGGCAUACGGCGACCACGCUGAGCUGGCUGAAGAAGAGCGGACUCGAGACUCCCACGAUGUCGCACCUGAAGAGGAUCCGGAAGCAAGACAGCAAACUGACCAUCCUCCUCGCGCUCACGUCAGAGUGCCCGCAAGUCCCUACGCUACCCGACAUCCCCGGAUUGUCGGAACCGUACACCGUAGAAGUACCCUGCACGGUUGCCCUGACGCAGGUCUCGCUGAAGCAUAAGAACACGUUUUGGCCGACCAUAUAUGCGCCGAGGCGGAAAGGCGAAGUCGAAGAAUGGACGCGAGGUAGGGUGCUCUGGGCUUGUGAAGCCAUGAAACGAAUCGUGAAGGAAGCGCAGGAGGCAGGGCGGCAGGGUGAGCUACCGAUCGCAGCAUAUGUACCGAUUCCAUACGAAGAGGAAACUGCGUACGCGGCACAGACAUUCGCUCCUUUCCUGGGCCAUGAUACCAGGACUUCUACCAACCAUCCCCUCCGUCACGCUGUCCUCAAUACCAUCCGCGCCAUCGCUGACUAUCGCGCCUCGUCCUCCACUCCGAUAGCCCCUACGUCUUCUCUCACCCCAUCGGAGUCCUCUGCAUCCAUUCUUCUCCCCAACGCAACCCGUUCCUCGACACCCGCGAUUGAGGAAGCGCAGGCGCCUCGGAACGGCGCCCACUACCUGCUCACUUCUCUCACGCUGUUCACGACGCACGAGCCAUGUAUUAUGUGCAGCAUGGCACUGCUGCAUUCGCGUGUCAAGGAGGUCAUCUACUUGAUUCCGAUGUCAGGGACCGGGGGAUGUGGGAGUGUCGCAUGCGUGCCGGCCCUGAAGGGCGUAAACCAUAGGUUCAACGUGGGGAGUUGGAAGGGAUGCGAGAGCGGACUCGAGUGGGCGAACGAAGAGGGGAUUACGAUUCAGGGUGACCUGGACGCGUGA